AUGCUUUCUCUCAAACUUCUUCUCAUUUUCACAGCCGUCACUUUGACUGCGUUGGUAUUCAAAUCCUCUCUUCCACUGGCCACCACUCACCUCCAUCUCUUAUGGACUUUCUUCCUUCUAUGCUUCACUCCUCCAUACCUCUUCUUUACCCUCAAUGCCAUCAUCAUCUCCAUCCUCGCUUCCUCCAACUUCCACCAAUCCAAAGAUCAAGCAGUUGAAGAAGAGACGAGACAAAUCGACGUCGGAAUUUUGCCUCCAAAGAUGAUAAAAUCGCCAGAAAAUAUGCCGCCGAUCGAUAAACGGCACCAUACGUUGGAGAGCACGUGGAAGGCGAUAACGGAGGGCCGGUCAAUGCCGUUAAGUAGACACGUGAACAAGUCCGACACGUGGCAAAACCGUUAUGACGUUGAUGAUUCCGCCACCAUCAAUUUUAGUGAUUUAAACUUCAACAAGACUGUGAAACUGAGAAAAGAACCGUCGCUGAGUCAAGACGAGUUGAAUAAGCGCGCCGAAGCGUUUAUACAAAACUUCAAUCAACAAAUGAGGUUGCAGAGAGAAGAAUCAUUAAAUCAGUACAUGCAAAUGAUUAAACGUAGUGCUACGGCUAGUUAA